AUGAGUCCGGUGGAUACAAACCCCGUAACGCCCUUCCCGAUAUGGGUAAGGGAUAUAGGGAGUGAACUGAAGUCCGCUCCCCAGACCUUAUCGAGCUGGGACAACUGUAUGGCCAAAUCCUAUUGCAAGUGGCCUGUUAUCGCCGCGAUUAUUGUCGGGGCUCUUAUCGUCAUUUCAAUCAUCGCCUGUGUGGUUAAUUGUAUAUGUUGCGGGUAUCGAUGCUGUACAGGAUGUUGCUGUUCAUGCUGCUGCCCGUCUCCUCGAAACAAGGACCGUGGGCCAAAGUACCAGGAUGAUCCGUACACUCAACCCCUUCAUCAGCCAUAUAAUCAGCCGUACAACUACCCUCCUCCAAUGCAGCCUCCCGUCAACGAUGCCUACAAAACGACUCCUGCCCCGCCUGUGUAUCGUGGUGCGCAGGUAGCGCACUUCGAUUCUCCAUCGAACCAUAGCGCUGGGAAAUACAACGAAGAUGCAUUGCCUGCCAUGCCCAGCUGGGACAAUGCUGUGACCAGGAGGGUCGAGGAUACCGACCACCACCAGGAUGCGAUGGAAAUGGAGCCAUUGAACCCUUCGAAUCAAGCUACUCACCGAACACCAUCGGCUUCCCGACCGAACGGAGGUGGCUACAACGGGGUUGGUUACCAUGGGGGUGAUUACAAUGACAGUGGACAUGCUGAGGGUGGUUAUGAUGGAGCUGGCUACGCAGCAGUUCCUCCGGCCAGAACGGGCACUCCUUCCGGCUUGCACGCCGAACCUCGGGCGCACGGGUAUGCUUCUCCAUCUCCAGUCGUGGGAUCAUCCUCGCCCAUUCACCAGUAUGAUCAACCAUACAAUGACUAUUCUCACGGAAACUCUUGGAAUCAAACACCCUCUGUGUCGGCGCCCUAUGCUACUCAACCGCAGUAUAUGUCCACGGGUCCCGCUGUAUCUGUGGAUCGCCCCAUCCCAUAUCGUCAACCAUCUCCAGGCUUCAACAAAACGCCCGUUUAUAGGGGGAUGUCUCCAAGUAUUCCUAGCACACCACCUCCGCCAUUUACAUCUACCGCUGCUCCUUAUGAAAUGACUGCCGACGCGGGCCGGCCCCCGAGUCUACUUCAGAGUGGAAGAAAACCGGCUCCUAACUCUUACAGAGAUGUAUAA